AUGCUUCUCACGUCAACGAUUGCGAUUUUUCUGAUCGCAUGGAGUUCGAUAUUCCUCGUUGAUUAUGUGCUCCGUUCUCGAAAUUUUGAGCCUUACAUCCGAUUUGUGAACCGCUAUGGAAUCGAGAUUUCGCCGUUUCAACUUCGUUUCUACAUUCAUCAGAACUCCGAUCUCAUCGAGAGUGUUUCUUUGAUAAAAAAUGAGAAUGAAGUAGAGAAGAAGUCGGCGAAAAAUGUUUGCUUUAAAAGUUCGUUUCUCAAAAUAUGGUUCGCAUUCGGCGCAUUGGUUUCAGUAAUUUGCUUGUUCGGAAUCACUUUCUACAUGACACACAUUCUGCUCAAAGAUUUUACACAAUGGAUGUCGACACGCCAACGUGUGAUGUCUUAUCGGGGAAUGGAGUACCGAUCGAUGCAACAAAUGCUCAUGAUGACCUCUCCAAUACCACCGACGACCGCAGAAUUGAAACCAAUCGAAUCGAAUGUGCCUAUCGUUGUCACUGGCGACGACGAAUACGAUUUAAUCGAAGACGGACAAAAAAAUCACGGAGGAUUGAUGCCGAUCAUUCCGGGAUUCAAUUUACCGUUCAAUCACAUUCCGAUAUUCAUGAUUGUGCUCAUUAUUGCUGCGAUAUUCCAUGAGCUGGGUCAUGCUUGGGCAGCAACGAGCAAUGGAGUCACAGUCAACGGUUUUGGGAUAUUUGUGUUUGGACUUUAUCCCGGUGCUUUUACGGAUAUCGAGCCGGUCUCGCUAAAGAGAUCAUCAAAUUAUCGAAAAAUGCAAAUAUUCGGCGCUGGAAUCUGGCAUAAUUUGUUUCUUGCUUUAAUUGCGGUGGGAAUGUUCAAUGCUGCUCCAUCGCUUAUGUCACCGCUUCUCGUCGAAGGUCUGGGUGUUUCCAUAAAAGGCGUUGAUUCGCGAUCGGGCCUCGCCGGCGGUUCAACCGGCCUUCAUCCCGGUGAUGUUGUGUCGAAAAUUGACGAAUGUCAAGUGGCAACCUUAUUCGAUUGGCUGACGUGCAUUCGGACGGCAAAAACCCAAAACAAUGGAAGAUGUGUGGAGAAGGAGACGGUCGAAUCAGCGACCGCGUAUAAUACGUGGACAUCGUCCGAUGAGAUUCAUUGCUGUGACGAAUUCAAUGUAACGAAUGCGCAUUUGUGUUUCGAGCGUCAAGAAAAAGUGGUGAAGUCACAAACUAAAGCGACUAAACUCGACGCAAUAUUCGGCAUUGAAAAAACGAAAACCGUGGAAGAAACUGAAACCAAAUACAGCUGUAUGAAUGCGCGACAAGUGCUCGAACAGCCGAUUUGCAACUCUUCUCUGCCGUGUGAACAAUCGGAAAAAGAGAAUAUUUGCGUUUAUCCGGCCCUGUUUAAUGGUACUCGAUUAGUCCGAAUCGGACUAUCGAAUCGACCCAAGCCCAUUUUAUUCGUUGGCCACAUUAGCGAGUUGCUCGAUAUGGUUGCUGUUGAUGGACACACCUCUCGGUUCUGGUUUGCCGAUGUUUCAUGGCUUGAUCAUUUUCAACUUUCUGCUAAAUAUCUUUUUACGUUAUCUUUGGCAUUGGGAUUAUUGAAUGCGAUGCCGUGUUAUGCCUUAGAUGGACAAUUUCUUGUCGCAACUAUGCUGCACUUUUUCAGCUUUUCAUUGCGACGACGCGCUCUCAUCCGCUAUCUAGUAUUAUGUUUCGGCACUUCUGUUCUCGCUCUCAACAUUGUUGCUGGCUUCAUUCGUCUUGCAUUCUCACAAGUUUAG